UGAAAUCUUGUCUUUACAUUUCUUUUUUAAUCUCCUCUCUUUCUUUUCUUUUUUUUCCUCUCUCUCCUCUCUAGCUCUAACUCGAGCUCUAACUCGGAAGAGAAGAAACAUAUCCAAGCAUUAUACGAACCCUAACUGUGAAAUCAAAAGAACAUCGUUGGAUCUGCAAUUUACAAAUUAGGGUCUAGGGAUUACUUAAAUCUUGAAAUUUCAUGAGAUGUCGAAUCCAACUGUUUCCACGGUUUAUGUUCAUGUAGUUGAUGCUGUUGUUAGUAAGUUGAGAGAAGAGUUUAUUACUGAAGGGGUUGAUGAUUCUGUUCUCAAUGACCUUCAAGCGCUAUGGGAGUUAAAAAUGAUGCAAUGUGGGGUUAUACAAGGUCAAACUGAUAGAGCUCCUAGAGGACCCGGUGUUCCAACCCCUGUACAUGAUCUGAAUGUACCGUAUGAAGCCACUGAAGAAUAUGAAACUCCAACUGCGGACAUGCUCUUUCCACCGACACCUUUAGUAGAGACUCCGGUUCAGACUCCUUUGCCUGGUGAGCCCGGAUCAUAUCAUUACUACCCUUCAGGUCAAAGUGAAUGUGUCACAACUCCUAAUACAGGAACCGUUGUAGCUGGAAAGCCUACUUCCUACGUGCAAGAACAAUCUCCAGCGUCAAAUCAGAGGCCUCUUGGUGUUGACGUCAAUGUUGCAUAUGAGGAAGUCAGGGAGGAGGGAGGAAUAUCUCAGGCACCACCUCCCAUCAAGGAUUUCUUCAUGCCUCCAGGGAAAAGGUCAAAGGUUGAUUGUCCUUCACCUGGAUAUAUUCCUCAGCAAGAUGGGUCAGCAGAUGUUUCUUCAGAUUGUUUGCUUCAAGAAAAGGUUCCUGCUACAGAGAAUUCACUGAAAAAAGUUCAUGGCAGCUCAAAACAUCAAGAGAGACAAAAUGCUGAUGUUGCAAUUGCUUCGUUAAUUAAGAGGAGGCAAGGUGCUUUAACCAUUCCCCAGCAUGACGGCUUUGAUGAUGUUUACGACAAUGGUGUACGUGUUGAAGACUACAAUACGCCAUCAAGUUAUGAUCCUGUUAACACACCAGAUGUGGGAACCCCUAAGCUAGGAAAACCAGAAGGAGAAGAGGAUGAGGAGCCACCUUUGAAUGAAGAUGAUGAUGACGAGUUGGAUGAUCUGGACCAGGAAGAUGAAGAGCCUAGCAUAAGUCAUUUGGUAUUGGCUCAGUUUGAAAAGGUAAGUAGAACCAAGAGCAAAUGGAAAUGUAUUCUCAAGGAUGGCAUAGUGCAUUUGAACGACAGAGAUAUCUUGUUUACAAAGGCUAAUGGAGAAUUUGAUUUCUGAGAGAACAUCAUCUAUUUUAUGUAAGGUAUACCUAGUUAUUGGAGUUUUACCUCUUUUUUCUUUUCUUUUACCUCAGCAUAUUGUAUCUCUCAGAUACUCCUUUGAGUUUCUUGUACACACAGUAACAUGAAUUUUGGGAGAAUUAUUUGAUUCAGUCACUAUUCAUAGUAGUACUUGACUGAAAAUUCUGGUAUUUGUAGAAGAAAUUUCUUGGUUUACUGUUCAA